AUGACCACGCCGUCCAGACGCCGCCUGAUGAGGGAUUUUAAGAAAUUGCAGGAGGACCCCCCAGCCGGCGUUUCCGGCGCCCCGACGGAAAAUAAUAUUUUGACGUGGGAAGCGAUAAUUUUCGGGCCCCAGGACACACCCUUCGAGGACGGCACGUUCAAGCUUUCCCUGGAGUUCACCGAGGAAUACCCGAACAAGCCCCCGACGGUCAAGUUCAUCUCCAAAAUGUUCCACCCGAACGUCUACACGGACGGGUCGAUUUGCCUCGACAUUUUGCAAAAUCGAUGGUCUCCCACGUACGACGUCGCCGCGAUAUUGACCUCCAUCCAAUCAUUACUCGACGAGCCCAACCCCAACUCGCCGGCAAACUCGCACGCCGCGCAGUUGUACCAGGAGAACCGGCGGGAGUACGAGAAACGGGUCCAACAAAUUGUUGAACAGUCUUGGCUGAACUUUGGCGAGAACGAGGGCGAGGCCGAGCAAAAGGAGGGCGAGGGAGCGAUCCCCACCGAAACUACGGGU